AGUAAUUAAUGUUUGGUUCAGAAGCCCGUUAUCGGUUUCUUUUGUUCAUUCUUUUCGUUUUCAAAACGGAGGGAGGGGGGGAAGGGGAAGGGGAAAGUGCAGAUGAAUCUCCUUUCCUCUGCUGUCACCGUUACUCAUCCACAGUUUCCUGUUCUUUCCAAAGGCCUUCCUCUUCUGUCCACGUCGCUCUAUCCUUCUUUCUAUCCAGCAGAUCCCACCGUCAAUGGACAGCAGCAGCGCGGAGGGAGAAAUCGUUGUCUGAAAUCCAUUCUCGUGGCUGACCCAAAGUCCUGCUACCCACCUUCUUCUUUUGCCUCUCCGAGUUCACCGCUCGCCGGCAGGAGAGCUGUCACCGGCGCUGGAAUUUAUGCAGCGAGGAAAUGGAGGCCUUUUCGCCGAAGGAAAACUCAACACGGGGCGCAAAAGUUCCUCCACCUCCUGGUCUAUCUGCAUAGAUCCUGGCCCUUGCUGCUUCUGCAAGAGGGUCUCCAAGCUGGGGUUUCUUCGGUUUUGCUUGGAUCAGAGGACGAACGGCUCAGGAGGUUGCUGCUAGGUCUCAUAACCGCGGGCAGUGGCGGUCGACGGCGGAAAAGACGCGGAUUCAGAAUAUAUCUAGCGCUGGCUUCGUUGGUCGCCCUGGUUGCCUCUGUUUUCGUUCUUCUUUUGCUUAGCCAAGGGAAUGCUGCUAAUCUCAGUUCGGUGUUGCCGCCAAUUGUGAUGAGAAGGUUGAGGGAAGUUGCCUCAAUGUUCUCGUUUGCUUUCCGAAGACGAGGGGCUUGGUGAAUGGUGACAGAAAUUGUUCAUCAUGGAAAUAAUUGCUGCGUUACGUAGAUUGUUCAUGGUAGCUUGCUGUUUUCUUCUAGACUUUCACAUUGAAUCAUCUUCUGAUCCUUCAUUUUUUCAAAUGUAUGUAUUCUUCGACAAUCCAUUUUUCAUCUUUCGGGCUAAAAGUGGGCAGGCCCUGAUUCUGCAGCAGCAUGUAUCGGAAAGCAUGGAAAGGAUGAUCUUUAUUAAAAUCGGCUGCAAAUAGACCCUGAUUCUACCGCAGAUAUCAAGAAAGUGCUUCCCAUUAAUGGCUUGGCCUCAAUUCUGCAAGAGGGUGUCCAAGCUCGGCCUUGCUUGGAUCAGAAGAUCCGUUGAUGAGGUUGCUACUUGGUCUCAUAGCCGCUGCUAGUGGUUGUAGACGGCAGAGAAGACGCGGAUUCGGAGGCUUUCCAGCGUCUUGGUUGCUCCGGUUGCCCCUGUUCUUCUCUUCUUUCCGUUAGCCAAGGGACUGCUGCUAAUUUCAGUUCGGUUAUGCCGCCAAUUGUGAUGAGAAGGUCGAGGAAGUUGCCUCAAUAUUCUCGUAGUUCUUCAUCAUGGAAGUAAUUGCUGUGAUCCGUAGACUGUCCAGUGUAGGUUGCUGUCUUCUUCUUAGACUCAUAUUGCAUAAUUGCAUUUCUUUAUGAUCUUUCAUUUUUUAAAAACUAUAUGUAUUCUUCUAGACUCUACGCUUUGUAUUUUGGGCUCAACAUGGCGAGAAGCUCUCUUGUAUUUGGAAUCUCCAUGUUUUUAGAUAUCUUUGACGGCAAUUGAUCUUUGAAUUGGGUCCUGUUUUAUAUAGUUGAAUUCUAGCAAUUCAAAGGUUGAUCUUUGUUAAAAUCAGCCGUAAAUGGAUCGUAAUUCUGCUGCA